AUGGCGGCGGAGAACAGUGGAGCUAGUGGUAUGAUGAGUGGAAUGGCGAAGAGGAUUAUGACCAAGACCAGCGCGGAGAACCCGCCGAAGACAUCGAUCCAACCGAAGGUGAACGUGCAGUGGAUGAAGGAUGUGAAACCGACCGAGAUCGUGAAGACCCUCGUACCCCGCAACAGCGAGCGGCCACUGGCUCAUCGCCCAGCCGACGAGAUGGUUCACAGCGAGUUGCAACGCCAGUGCCAUCUGAGAUACCGGCUGUCCAGGAACCCAUCGACGAGCUGUCGGUGGCGGACUCGUUCAUCAUGGGCGUGCUUCGUGGAUGGAGGAAAGCGUGACAUCCUCAGCUCGACGAAGAACAGCCUGGACUACGAAGUUGUGGCAUCGGCCUUGCAAAGCUUGUGGGAUGAGCAGCUGCUUGGGCAGCGUGGUGGCGGCCAUCAUGGUGGUGGUGGCUACUCAGCCCACUUUGCGGAGUACGACGACCAGGACCACGAGGCCUACUACCAAGAUUGGUGGGAUGACGAUGAUGGCUGGUGGAUGGACAGCUACUAUGCCCAGGGCGAGAACGACUGGUGGACCGACGACCACGAGAACUACCAGGCGGCAGCAAACGAACAUCCUGAUGAUGGAGGCGUGGUCGAUGAAAAGCUCCAGGAGCUACAGAAGGCGGAGAAGAUGGCGGAAGCAUUGGCCCUGGAAGCACAGAGGACAUGGAGCGAUGCCCAGAAGGCGACCCAGGCCUUGCGGAAGGACAGAGGCUUCGGGGCCACGGCGCAGAUGGGUGGUUCGGGGCGAUGCUACAUCUGUGGUGGCAACCACUUCAUGCGUGAGUGCCCGGACCGCCGUCACCCCAGCAAGGGCAAGAGCAAGUCCAAGUACGGCUACCACAUGAGCGCCGACGACUUCAACGGCUACUACAUCGGCAAGGGGAAAGGAAAGGCGAAGGGCAAGUCCAAGAAGGGCAUGUGGCUGGAAGGACAGGCGAUCUGGAAAGGGAAGAGCAAGGGCAAGAACAAGGAGAGUGGCCUGAGAACCGUGAAUGUCUACGCACAAGACCUCUUCCUAGGAGGACUAGAGUUGACGGAUGUGAUGGAGAUGGCGUCGGCAACCACUACGCCCUUGAGUCCCCAGCAGGGCAUGAUCGAUUGUGGCGCCACGGCAUCCGCGGCACCUGAGGCGGUAGUCAAGGAUUUGAUAGCAGCUGUUCUCACUCAGGACAAGGGAGCCCGCAUCGAACUUGACCAGUCCUCGCGCCCGUAUUUCUGGUUUGGCAAUGGGAAGUGGGGACGUGCACUAUGCAGAGUACAUCUCACGAGUGAUGUUAGUGGUAGCCCCCGACACUUUUCCUUGUACACCCUUCCCAAUCCUGCCGAGUAUUACCAAGCUCAACUCGAUAAGCAAGCCCUCGUGCCUGUCUUGGUUGGCAUGGAUUACCUUGGACGAAAGGGUGUUGGAAUGAUGAUAGACUUUGCGACAGGCCUUGCCAUGAACACCAAGGAGCCCAAACCUGAGAUAUAUCAACUCCAAGUCAGCCCCAAAGGCCACUACACCCUUGACAUUGUGGAGUACCUAACCAAUGGCCAGCGAAAUCUAGAUGGACAUGCCCAAGUACUUGUACGCCCCCAAGCAAGCCGUGGUCAUGCUCAUGUUGAACAUCAGUUUCUGGAGCUAGGGACGCUGUGGAUGAGCAUGACGUGCAGGGACGAGGAACUCGAUGAGCAAGAGUUACAAGCUGCCAGGGAUAGGAUGUGGAGUAUGUAUGAACAUGCGCAUGCAUGCCAGCUUGCGCAACCUGCUGCACCAACAGCCACGUCGGCUUCAAUGUGUGGUGCUGCAGUAGCAACCGCAUCCUCGACGACUUCCUCUUUUCGUUCUGUGCCUGAUGGCGGCAUAUGCCCCUCGGCAGCUGGCGCCCGAGCAGGAGAAGAUUGUGGUGACCGGCAUCAAGGAGAAGACCCCAAAGGCCAAAGCUCGACCGCUGGAUCCGUCGAGAGCUCUGGAGGGCGACACGAGAGAUCCGCGGGCAUCAUCAAAGCAGUGGCCAUGCUACAACCGGCACGUGGCGGACACCCCCAAGCAGAACCCCCACGGCCAAUGGACACAUUGCGCAGUGUGCGACCUGAGGUUGUCCUACGUGCCAAGGAGCGGGUCACAUGGGGCGACAACGAUGGUGAAGAACCCCGAGAUGGUCCGGCGGAUGCUGACCGAGCUGCACCCCCUGAUGGGCGACUUUCAGCCAACAGCGACUAUAUGUCGUGCGAUGCAACGGAAAAUCGAUGCGGAGGAGCAGCUCAUGGCGGCCAUUUCCGAGGUGAAGAACCCUGGGAUGAAAGUCCGCGCAACAACACGACCAACGCCGACUACAACCUCGGGAAGCCCACUGACGACCGGCGAGUCAUCGACGGGAAGCUGGCAACUGGCAUCCGAGACCGAGGAUCAGAAUCUGGCCAUGGCAUACGAGAUGGAGCGGGGCGGCCAGUAAGGGGUGAACUACCGCUCUUUGCCGGCAAGCAAGUGAUGAAGAUGGCGACGCUGAUGACAGCCGUGCUGGCCAACCACCUCAUGGGAUUGCACCUGGAUGGACGCGAUGGUCUCUGGGAAGUAGCCUGUGCACCUCACAGCUGGUUGAGCGAAGCAGCCCAAGAGCAAGGGUUGUGUCCAAGACGAAUCAACCUCGCUGCUGGUUACGACCUCUACAAGAAGGAGACAUGGUGUCGGCUUAAGGCUCUACGUCAAGUACACCGACCUCGACGCAUCUGGCUGUCUUUGCCAUGUACCAAGUGGUGCGCUUGGACAACGGUGAACUAUAACACGCCGGAGAAGAUGGAGCAGCUGGAGGCGUAUCGACGUCGAGAACGACGGCUCCUUCGUGAAGUACGGUUCUUCGUCAAGGAAACCGUGGAUGAGAUUGAGGAUGUCCAAAUCUACUUCGAAUGGCCAUACCCCUAUGCUGGAUGGCGUGAGGAAGCACUUCUGGGCCUACAACAAGACCUUGAACAACGUGGGGUUCCCUGGCUUUCCUGCAGAAUUGAUGGCUGUAACUAUGGCAUGAAGAAUGCGACCGGUGAUGCCUUCCUCAGGAAGAAAUGGAUGGUGAAGACCACGGACGAGCUGUUCCACAAGAACUUCAGGGCGAAGGUGUGUCCUGGGAAUCAUGUUCAUGCUGUCAUCGAAGGCCAGGAGACCGAAAAGUCCGCGUACUACCCUUGGAAGUUGGUCCAAGCCAUCACACGUCACUGGAAGGCGCAACAUGUUCCAGGCCGGCAUCUUCAAAUGUUGCUCUCCCGGGAAAGCGUUCAGGACUCUGAUGAAGAUGAUGAGAAAGAUGUUCUUGUCAGCCGCAUCCCCAGACCUGUGGCUGAGCUGGAUUCCGAGUUCGAGGCAAAGAUUGCGCUUGGCGAACAGGAUUUUUCGUUCCAACGAUGUGAGGCAAUUCUGGUUCUGAUGCAGGACGCCAAAACAAGCCGUGGACCCAUGAGAUCGCGGGGGAGCCAGGCUGGAGUCACCUAUCAGAUGUAUGGGGCAUACUCACAUGGUGGCCUGCAUGGGAUAACCAAACAUACCUGGCAACACCCCUGGACAUGUCGCUACCUGAAUGCCUUCAUCAAAUCCCGAGUGCCGAACCAGACCUGGACCAGCAUCAUGAUCAUGUACACAAUUUCAAGGAAUCAGGUGGUGAUCUUUGAUCCUGAUCAAUGGCAUGCAACGCAAGCUUGGACUGGAUACCGGAUCACCAUCUCGGCUUUCACAACGCGGUCCAUUCCACAUUGGGAUGCAAAAGAACUCAAGGAUCUACGAGCUCUGGCGUUCCCACUCACUGGGGGAAAUCUAUAUCCCCUAGAAUCUCAUGGCGAUCCACUAGAAUCUCGUGGCGAUCCCCUAGAAUCUCGUGGCGAUCCCCUAGAAUCUCGCGGCGAUCCCUCAGAAUCUCGUGGCGAUGAAGUACCAAAGCUUCUCGACGGUGGACCCGUGCCCAAGGCAGAGCUCGAACGAUGGACCGCCAAGGUUGCCAAAUUCCACAAAACCGCUGGUCACCCAUCCAACAAGAACCUGGGACGUAUCGUGCAAGAAGCUGGUCAUCCUCAAUGGAAGAUUGAUGUGGCCAAGCGAUACCACUGUCCAGCAUGUGCCAGUCUGAAACAAGGAGGUACAAGUUCGAGCCAGAUACCGCCGGCAGCGACGCAUCAGCAGUACGAAGCCUGGGAAGCUGUGGGUGUCGAUGCUGGUGAGUGGGUGCCACCUGGAAGCAAGAAGAAGGUGAAGUUCAUCCUCAUGGUAGAUCUGGCUACAAAACUGAGAGUGAUACAGCCCAUCAUGAUCUACGACCUGUUGCAGAUGAAGAACGAGUCGGGCAGCGAUUUGAUCAAGGCCGUGUCUGAACGCUGGCUGUCGACCUUCCCAAAACCGCGAAUCCUUGUGCUGGACUCGGCAAAGCCAUACGUUUCGGAGCAAGCGCAUGCCUUUGCAUCGGCCAUCAAUGUGGGACUGCACUACACGGCCGAGAAAGAGAGCUGGGCGCAUGGAGCAGUGGAAGCCUCAGUGCAAGAUGUCAAAUCUACAGCUUCAGCCAUCUACCUUGAGAACAUGGAUCAGGAUCUUGAGGUGACGCUCCACUUGGCUGUCGCCGCGCUGAACUCCACCGAGUACACUGCUGGCUUCUCCGCGUUCCAGUGGGCCUAUGGCAGGAACUACAACAUCACCGAUGAGGAUGUGCGCACGUUCCAACAUGUGGACCCCAAGAUCGACUUCGCCCAACUUGUUGUGGCUCGCCAGCGAGCAGAAGAAGUGGCACGCCAGACACGUGCCCGACGAGUUCUAUCGAAGCUUGGCAACACCUCUGUGCGGCAACCAUUGCGGAACUACGAGCCCCUGGAUUUGGUGAAAGUCUGGAGACGAGUCUGGCCGCAAGAACAAUGCAAGGGACCUCGUGGCGGCUACAAAAAGUCCGGGAGACCUCACUGGAUUGGGCCAGGACGUGUGGUGUUCUCUGAAGUACUACCUCACCAAAAAGAAUCUGGAGGAAAACGACACAUUCUCUGGGUGUUGGUUGGAAAUCAACUCCUACGAUGCUCGGCGCACUCGGUGAGGCCAGUGACGGAGGUGGAGCGGUUUCAGUAUGAGACCUCUGGGGCCGAGAAUCCAUCGAUGUGGAAAUCCCUGGCGGACAUUGUGCCGAAGCGUGAGUACUAUGACGUGGUGGAUGAGGAGCCCGGAGAGAAUGAGGUGGAGAUGCCACGACUUCCGGAAGCACCCGAUGAUACGACGACGGUCGUGCCUAUUCGCAGGGCCCGACGAAAGGUCACCUUCCAACCGGGUGACUACGUGGCGAAACCCGUGGGAGAGCGACUGAUGGUGGACGAUGGUGAAGAUGAGGAACCAACAACGACAGCCACGACAACUUCCUCAAGUUCCACGAAACAUGUUGGUGAUGUGAAUGAUUACGAACUGCCGGAACCGAAGAGAGCUCGUUCGACAACAGAUAGUGGCGGUUCUGAUGCAGCUGGUGAGAAUUGGGUGGAACAGUUAAUGCUGGAGGCGAAGCAAGAGGAGGAAAUGGACCUCUUCAAUGUGAUGGACAAUGUGGAGGAGUUCCUCAGAAUUGAGUUCGACCUGGAGAACCACAUGAGCAAUCGACAGAAGAAAAUGAUGGAAAGGAACCCGGUGACCUUCAUAGUGAAGAAAAUGAGGGACUGCGAGGUGAACAUCAGCCGUCUACCCGAACAUGAGCGACCGUUGUUCUCGAGGGCAAAGGCAAAGGAGGUGGAUUCGUUCUUGAAGAAUGAGGCGGUGAGGAAGUGCUUGGAUGAUGAGGAGAUUAAGAAGGCCUACGAAAGCAGUCGCAUCGUCAAGGCGCGCUGGGUGUUGACAUGGAAACUGGUGCCACCUGAGGACCGACAGGAGGCCCUUGAUGAUUCCCAGAAGAACCCGGCGACGUUGCACACGAAGGAUGGCGCUCGAAAGGCCAAAGCUCGCAUCGUACUACUAGGGUUCCAGCAUCCAAGCCUGCUGGAUCCUUCCUUCAAGACAGCGAGCCCAGCGCAGUCGAGUCUUGGUCGCAAUCUCCUGUACACCAUGGCGGCGCACCAUCAAUGGGAACUUGAAGGGCUGGACUUGGCUACAGCCUUCCUGCAGACGCAACCCACAGAAGCAGAUCAGGAGCUGUGGACGACAGGAGUGGAAGAGCUUCGUCAAGCACUAGAUGUUGGCGCGGAAGGGAUUAUGAGAAUCCUUCGGAACAUCUGCGGCAGCACGACGGCACCUCGUGGACUGUGGCUAGCUCUGCAUAAGCGAUUGACAGAGCUUGGAGCGCAACCGGUACUUGGAGAGCGAUGCUUGUGGGUUUGGUUGUCAAAGACCGACAUGGAUGAGGACCACCCGAAAGUGAUUGGCAGCAUGGGUGGUCAUGUGGAUGAUUUUCAUCGAAUUGGCGAUGGAACUUCGGCCGAGUGGUGUGAAAUCAAAGAGAAGAUCAACAAUGCCUACAAGUGGGGAAUGACAAAGAAGAACUCCUACCGCCAUGCUGGAACUGAUGUAACGACGGUCAAGGACAAGAAUGGCUUCAACAAGAUCGUGGUGGAUCAGUCGUAUUACAUCGAAUCGAUUCAGGACAUCGAGAUUGAGCCUGAUCGUCUUCGACAAAAUGGUCCUCUAGAACGACGAGAAGUGGAGGCCUGCCGAACCACGCUGGGAGCACUCCAGUGGGUGGCCAUACAAACCCAACCUCAGCUAACAGCCCGCUGCAACCUUCUUCUCACAGAAGUGGUGACGUCCGGAACCUUGGAGACCGCGCGGGAGAUACAGAUGAUGGUGGGGGAAGUCAGACAGAAUCCAGUAAAGCUGGAGUUCAAGAAAUUUCCCCAGGCCAAGCACUGGACGGAGGUAGUCUUCAUCUCCAUGGGCGACCAGGCGCACAACAACCGGCCGAAGGGUGAUUCAACCGGUGGCUUAGUGACGUUGGCUGCAGGACCUGAAUGUCUGAGUGGCCAGGUGUGCGAGAUGUCACUGCUGGCAUGGCGCAGUUGGAAGCUGAAAAGGAAGGCGAUUGGAUCGAACGACGCCGAGGUGCAGUCGAUCUUGGAGGCGGAAGAUCAUAACUUCCGGACGAGACUGUUAUGGUCGGAGCUUCAUGGGGCCGGAGGACUACAACAUCGCCGUGAACUUCGUCGCGAUUUGGUGGAGCUCACGGAGAAGCAAGUCCUGAAGGUGAAGGGAGUGUUAUGCACGGACUCCCGAGGAGGUUACGACGCGGUGGAGCUGAAUGAGUCGCCGUUGCUUGGGCUGAGCAACAUGCGCUCGGCAUUGCAGGCGUUCCAGCUUCGGGACAACCUAAGCAGAGCUGGGUGUGAACUUCGUUGGCUGGCAUCGGACUACGACCUCGCUGAUGCCUUGACAAAGAAAAGAAUGGACAGCCGCAUCGGCCUUCUCAAGUUCUUGAAGACUGGUGUGUGGAGCAUCAAGUUCGACCCCGACUUCACAGCCGCCAAGAAAGGGAAGAAGAUAGGUAAGAGUGCUGUAGAUGCUGUAGACAAGCAUUUGUUUGGGGACCCGAAUGAUCACUGGCUGUCUGCAUCUGACUCCUUUUUGGGGUGGUGCAACAUGUAUAGCUUCAAUCAGAUGCAUACCCCAUCUCCAUAUGCUGCCAGUGGCUUGAGGGGCCCCUCGUAG